AUGCCGCAAAAAUCCGAAAGACGUACCAGGACGGCAUUGCACGCCUCCAGGCUGCAAUCAACCAGGACACGACGGAAAGCAGGAAGAUCAACGACAAGCUUGGAGCUUGCGGUUGACAGCAGCAAAAAGCGCGUCAGCAAGCGGUCGAGGCGGCAGCGGAGAGGAAGGAGAUCCUCAAAAGACUCGAAAAGAAUAAGGAGCUCGCCGAGAGCAUCGAAGAAGAUAGAAUUAGCCGCGGCAGACAAGGCACGCAAGGAGAUGGAGAAGAUGGAUGUCGACGAAACCGGCGAGAACGAGACGACAAGCGAUGAGGACAGCAGCGAGUCCGGAAGUGAAUCGGACGAAUCACAAUCGUCUGGUAGCGAAUCUUCGUCCGCAUCAGAGUCAUCAUCAUCGUCUGCGACAGAAGCAAAAAAGCGGAAGAAAAAAGGGAAGGGCGAGAAGAAGAACAAGAAGAAGAAGGGCAAGGGCGAGAAAGGAAAGAUCAAACUCACAUCGGGUAAGUGCAAUUUCAUGGAUUGA